AUGCAGACUCCUGGAGGGAGCUACGCCGAGUAUGGUGUGGCACCGGCGCACACGACAGCUCUAUUGCCGCCCUCUAGCAGUUUCGAAGAGGGCGCGACUAUCCCUCUUGCAGCGUUGACGGCUGUUGUCGGGCUGUAUGCCGCAGAUCGAUUGGGAUUACCACAGCCUUGGGUGAAGGCCACGAAAUCUUCUCCACUCCUUGUCUACGGUGCUGCCUCCGCGGUAGGCUCCUUUGCCAUCCAGCUUGCGCAGAAGCGCAACAUCCACCCCAUCAUCGCAGUCGCGGGUAAGGCGCAGGCACACGUCGAGGCCCUCAUCGACCGUAGCAAAGGCGACACCAUCGUCGAUUACCGCAACGGCAACGAGGCAGUCGUCCAAGGUAUCCGCGAUGCUCUCAAGGGCGCCAAGCUGGAGCACGCCUUCGACUGCGUGAGCGAAAAGGAGAAAGGCUCACCAGGCAACAUCGCUCAGGUGCUGGACCCCCAAACAGGGAAAGUUACUUUUGUGCUGCCAGAUGCGAGCAAGGGCAUUACGAUGGCACCUUCUGAGAAGACUCUCUUUGACGGGUACUCCGACAGUGUGAAGCGGAGCUUUACUGGAGUGGGUGGUGUACACGAGGAUCAGAAGGACCUUGGAUACGUGUACAUGCGGUAUUUCAGCAGAGGGCUGGCGGAGGGUUGGUUCAAGGCUCAUCCUCAAGAGGUGAUUCCGGGUGGUCUUGGAGGCAUACAGCAGGGCUUGGAGAACCUCAAGAAUGGGAAGGCGAGUGCGGUGAAGUACGUCUUCCGGGUCAGCGAGACGGAGGGCGCUGGGAGUGGCAAAUAG